UCAUUUAUUGAUACAAAACAAGAUAUUUGUGCAAGUUACAAAUGUAAUGUUCACUUCAUUCAAAUGGGUUGAAAUGGAAAAACAUUGAAAUUGUUCAUGGAAAUGAACAAUUGCAACUCUAAGCUUUAAUUUAGCACAUCCUUAUAAUACAUCAUUACAAUAAAGAUAAACCUAUAAUGAUACAAUAUAUUUUAGCAAUAAGACACGACUAAUACUACAGAUAAAUAAAGGUUCUACCUUUAAACUACAUAAGUGACACUCUUUAUUUCAGAAGACAAUCUUAUUCCACCAAUAAUAUGUGCACAAACAGAGGAAAUAGUAUUGUUUUAGGCAGGAAAUGCUGAGAUUAAGGUCCCAGACAACGAAGACAGACUGAAAAACCAAGUGACCAGUGAAGAUACUAUGCAACAGUUACAGCACACACACACACACACACACAGAUGACACAAGAAACAACGUCAGUAUUGUGGGUUUCUGCCACUAGAGAAGUCUCUCACUUGGCUUUGGGAAGAUAAGCCAUGGUAACAGAGUUGGAAUCUUGGCUCGACUCAAACAGCAUGCCGACAAUGUGGGUGGGAGACUCUGUGUUACUACUGUGUACUGUACAAGUGUUCUUGCAAGGAAAUAAAAACAGAACUAUACUCUAAAAUGAAGAUACCCCACCGUUGAUGGCUUUGAGCACUAAGGUUUAGGGCUGAAAUCAGUUAAAUGACAUUUAAAAUGUAUCACAAUAAGGUGAGUGUGCAACAUUACACCACACAACUCAUCCACUGCAAGUAAUUGUAUUCCACUCCAACAAACCCCAUCAUAUAUGUAAAAUUGUAUUGGAUAUGAUUGAUUUAAACAACAGAAUUUGACAAGAAGAUUACACAAUUGACGUUAUAUCUCUAUAAAUGUCUUUAUAGUUUAUAUUUAAUUCAAUGCCAAUGACUCAAAUGCUCACUCUCUCACACACACAUGCAAACACACACACACACUGGGUGACGUGUAAGCUCCCUAUCUGAGUAGCAGACUGCGACACAGCCUUUGGUUCUGCAGUCCUCUACUCUAUACUGUCCCAAGGUGCACUGCUCUAGCCUCCUCCUGCAGCCCUGCCUGCUCAUCAAUGAGCUGUAAUCCUGUAUUCAUCUAUCACUAAUCAUAUUGUGAGAAGAGUAGGACAACCAGACCUUGUGUGCAUCAUCUGUGUAUGUGUGUGUGUGUGUGUGUGUGUGUGCGUGCAGCUCUUGAGGGAGGAGGGAGGGGUUGUGUAUCCUAGCACGGAGCCUUUUCCUCUUGUAGUAACCGACUGCCAGCCAUUACUUCACUGCAGCAGCAGCAGCUUUCAUUCUGUGGGUACUUAGUGAACCAGACACACUAACCUGUCUAUUCACUCCUCCCCUCUCUCCCUCCGUCUCUCUCUCUCUGUCUCUCUCUCUGAGUGUGUCUGCAUAUUCAGCAAAGCUGCCCUCCUCUUUCCUCCUCAUCACUCCUGCGGCAUUGCUCUCUGCUUGAAGGGGAGACUGGCCUGCUCCUCAACCACUGAUCCUGCAUGACUGUCACAAAGAUGUCAUGGCGUCCGACCUACCGAAGCUCCAAGUUUCGAAACGUCUACGGAAAAGUAGCCAACCGGGAGCACUGCUUUGACGGUGUCCCAAUCACCAAGAAUGUCCACGACAACCACUUCUGUGCCGUCAACUCCAAGUUCCUCGCGGUCAUUACAGAGAGCGCUGGUGGAGGCUCCUUCAUCGUGAUACCUGUGUCCCAGUCUGGUCGUCUGGAUUCUCAUUACCCAAAAGUGUGCGGCCACCAUGGCAAUGUACUGGACAUCAAGUGGAAUCCUUUCUUUGAAAACAUUAUCGCGUCCUGCUCUGAGGACUCGUCGGUGCGAGUAUGGGAGAUCCCAGAGGGUGGUCUGAGGCGAAACAUGACGGAGGCGGUGCUGGAGCUGUACGGUCACAGCAGACGGGUGGGUCUGAUCGAGUGGCAUCCAACCAGCAGCGGCAUCCUCUUCAGUGCGGGCUAUGACUAUAAGAUCCUGAUCUGGAACCUGGAGAUCGGAGAGCCGGUGAAAAUGAUCGACUGUCACACUGACGUCAUCCUCAGUAUGUCCUUUAACACAGACGGCAGCCUGCUGACCACCAGCUGCAAAGACAAGAAGCUGCGAGUCAUUGAGCCACGGUCUGGGCGAGUCCUUCAGCAAGCCAGUUGUAAGAACCACCGCGUAAACCGCGUCGUGUUCCUGGGCAACAUGAAGCGGCUGCUCACCACUGGAGUUUCUCGCUGGAACACGCGGCAGAUAGCUCUGUGGGAUCAGGAGGAUUUGUCCAUGCCAAUUGCGGAGGAGGAUAUUGACGGCCUCUCAGGACUGUUGUUUCCCUUCUACGACGCUGACACACAUAUGUUGUACCUGGCAGGCAAGGGGGACGGCAACAUCCGUUACUUUGAGAUCACCACAGAGAAGCCGUACAUCGAAUACCUUAUGGAGUUCCGAUCCCCGGCCCCGCAGAAAGGACUAGGUGUGAUGCCAAAGCAUGGGCUGGAUGUAGGCGCCUGCGAGGUGUAUCGCUUCUACAAGCUCGUCACUCUGAGGGGCUUGAUUGAGCCCAUUUCAAUGAUCGUGCCAAGAAGGUCAGACACAUACCAGGAGGACAUCUACCCCAUGACAGCAGGAACAGAACCUGCGCUGUCAGCCAGCGAAUGGCUGAGUGGCAUUGAUAGAGACCCUGUCUUGAUGUCCCUGAAAGAAGGUUACCAGCGGCCAAACAAGUUAGUGUUCAAGGCCCCAGUAAAGGAAAAGAAGAGUGUAGUAGUGAACGGGAUUGAUCUGCUGGAGAACGUGCCACCCAGGACGGAGAACGAGCUCCUGCGGAUGUUCUUCCGGCAGCAGGAGGAGCUCCGGCGGCUGAAGGAAGAGCUCACCACCAAGGAUGUGAGAAUACGUCAACUGGAGCUGGAGCUCAACAACCUGAAGAACGUUAGCCCCAACAACGUCUGACCUCUUUUCUUCCUGGACUGGCAAUACUGCUUCCUUUGCCCCCAAAAUCUGACCUCCAAACAAUCUCCUGAGCCUUCCCACACUGCUUUUGUUUUGAUAUAUCACAAUAUAACUUAAUUUAUGCUGCCUUGCAUAGCGCACACAAUAAUGUGAUCACUGUCGGAUCAUCUCUCAUCUGGCGCAAUGAUUAGAUAACUGAAAUAAUAACAUGAUAAACGUGAAAAAUGAUUAUGUUAUUGAGGCAAGGCAGCAAUCACGGUUUGACACCUCAACACGGAAUUUAAAAAUCUGUACUUUUGAGCUAACAUAGCCUCGAGUGUUACGAUCAAUUAUAGCAUACUGUUGCCCGGACUAGACUCGUCACUGGCUCCUGAUGUUUCUCUUCCCCAAGGCCUUAGAUUCUGCUGCAGACACAGUUUGCAGCAAGCUGCAACAUCAUCUUGAAGAGACUGACGUGACAUAUAGCACAUCACGCACAUCUGCACACAGUGGAAGAGAAGGGAAGAGCAUUUGGACACACACAGAUCGUGUUUUCCACAGAGCUGCUGAUUUCAUUUCUUCUCUUCGUACCUACAAACGUUGGUUGCACAUUUACUUGCAACAUCUCGGACACAUGCCGUCUUUUCCACGGAGUACAUAUUUCACUCACAUGCCGUGUUUUUAUUCUUUAUUUAAAUAAACGCCACGGCAGCUGGGGAGACCUGGAUGCAGGGCUGGCGUCUCCAGGCUGUUAUUGGGUUUUAGGGCUAAUUCUGAGGGCCAUGAUGUAUAUUUGUUUCUAUUUAUUUGUCACAUUUGACUUUUUCGAAGUGAUAACAUUUGCUAAUCCCGUUGUUUUUUUUAUACGAUGUUGCUGUGAAAGUAAUGAUCGUGGCGCUUGAUUAUUUGUGGUGAAGGGCUGGUGCAAGGGUUGUGUGAAACUGUACCUUGAAUGAUUGUUUGUGUGACUGGAGAUGAGGUAUGGAAAAUAUAGUCUUAACUAGCCUGUAAUAUUAACCAUCCUUUUACAUUUAAUCAAAGUAGACUUCAUUACUAUCCCUGAUACAUGUUAGACGUGUAACUUUGCUCUCGUGCCUCUCCUGCACCUCUUCGAUUAGCUUGCGCUUAAAACUGCUGCUUAACCAUCAUUUUAUAUUGUUUAAGAAAGUGGGAACAGGUAUUGCAUUUGAUUGGUUCUAUUAUGACAGCCACGUUACUCAUUCUGCUUUUAACUAAGAAAACGGCAUUGCACAUAAAUGGUAAAUGAAUAGAGGUUCAAAUGAAAGUAGAAAAAUGGUAAAAAUUGACCGUAGACCAGGGGUGUCAAACUCA